AUGCCAAAUCGCGCUGAAGUUGAUAAACAGAUCAUUAAGUUGCGUGAGGAACUAAAAACAACAAAAAAGACUUUAAACAGGAAGACUCAAAACGCAGUUGCCCAGAAGAAACACAGGGAUGGUAUGAAAAGAAAGUUAGAAGAUAUUUGUCAGGAAAAUCCAGAAAUAAAAAGAAGACUAUCUCUGAGGGAUUCAGUGGGACAUUCUAAUCUUGAAAGCGAUCAACCAUUACUAUUGAAAACAAUUGCGGAUAUAGCUUUAUUUGGGAGUGCAUGUGAUGAUAGAAGACGAACGGAAUCUAUUCGCAGCGUAAAAACUCUUGACGAACUCACACAAGAACUGCGUAAACUAGGAUUUGACAUUAGUCGCAGUGCGACAUAUCGUCGUUUGAUUCCCAGAAAAUCUAAUUCUACAGAGGGACGAAGACAUGUAUCGACAGUCCCUGUUAAGCUCAUUCGGGCUCAAACUGAUCACCACAAGAGCCACUUAGAUAGCAAGUUCGCUGAAACAUCAAUCGAUUAUUUAGAGAACAUAGCAUCCAUACUUGGACCAGAUCAAGUAUUUUUCUUAUCUCAAGAUGAUAAAGCUCGAGUCCCUAUUGGCGUAACUGCGGCAAAUAAGCAAGCACCUCUUUUAAUGCACAUUGAAUAUAGAAUUAAAUUGCCUGACCACGAUUGGGUAAUCGCUGAGCGUCAUAAAUUAAUACCAUCUGUUUAUGCUGGUAUCAAAAUUACUUCCAGUAUGCUAGGACAACCGCAAGCCGUUGGAUAUUCUGGACCAACAUACAUUCGAAGUGGAAAGCAUAGUUCAUCUACUCAUGCUCAGGAUUUCGAGACGCUUCUCGAACUUGAAGAGUUUCGACCAUUAGCUAAAACUGACCAUGGACUAGUAAAACCAGUAGUAAUCAUGACGGUUGAUGGACGGCCAGAUGAAAAUCCGCGUUAUCAAAAAGUCAUAGGGUUUGCUAUACAACAUUUUAAACAACAUGAUCUCGAUGCAUUGUUUAUAGCUGCUAAUGCUCCUGGAAGGAGUGCGUAUAACAGAGUAGAGCGCAUAAUGGCUCCUCUGAGUCGGGAACUGGCUGGUUUAAUAUUGCCUCAUGACCAUUUUGGGUCUCAUUUGGAUGAAUGCGGCGUUACAAUUAAUGAACAAUUAGAAAGAACUAAUUUCGAAUUUGCAGGAAAUGUAUUAGCUGAAAUAUGGAGUUCAAUGGAAAUUGAUGGCUAUAAUGUUACUGCAAAAUAUGUUGAGGCUGGUGAACAAGAUGUUCCUGAAUUUCCAGACAUUAAAUGGUACUCAAAACAUGUGCGUAAAAGCCAAUACUUGCUUCAAAUUGUAAAAUAUAAAAAUACAGAAUGCUGUCUUCCAAGAAGUGGCCUAUUCAGAUUACUAGACAACAGGUUUCUUCCACCACCUGUAAAAGUAAAACAAACAGUUGAUGACUUGGUUUUGGAUGAAGAAGGACAAUUUCUUGAUCUUCCAGUCAAUUUAGCUCUACGCUUAAGUACUAAACUCAAAGAUUUCCUGCAAAUGCCCUACGAUUAUUUUUGUCCGACGGUAAAAUUGAGGCUCUCAAGUCGAACAUGCAAAACGUGUGGUCUUUAUCAUGCUUCCGUCAAGUCAUUAAAUCGUCACAUCGAGAAGAUCCAUAAAAAAGUAAACACGCCCACUGAGAGGAAAGUUAGACCUGUAAGAGUCGCUGCUCGUCGUGCUAAUGAAGUGAUGUGCAUUAUUCAAAAUUUAGAGCACCAAGAUGUUGAAUGGCUCGAUGAGAGUGACGUAGACAUUCCAAAAUCGAAAGAAAGUGAGCAGACUCACAACACUGAGCAGCAAUCCAAUGUCAUCGAUAACUUAGAAUCAUGGAUUCAGGUUUCAUGGACUGAAGACUGUUAA